CGUACCCUCCCCCCCACGCCCAUUCGCCUCGUGCGGGCUCGCGGAGUUGGGUCCCCAUCGGCGAGCGGCGUCGUGUGGUGGAGGAAGGUGUCCCGGGACCGUCGGGGGCCGGCUCGCUGGAGGAGGAGUGUCCAUGAGGAGAGUCUCACCUCCUUGAAGAUUAAAGCCUGGUGGUCCUGAACUAUUCCCAGUCCAAAUGUCUGCAAAAUUGAGAGAGUCGUCAAAACUCCUUCCACGAACUUCUGAGGACCCUGACUGCAUUAUGGUGGUGAAGAUGGAAGAGGGAGGGCAGGCCGGCAAUACAGUCUCUGGCCGCCACUGGAGCAGCUUCUAUAGCUCAGAGACCUACCGCCAGCGGUUCAGGCAGUUUGACUACCAGGAAUCGUCUGGGCCCCGGGAGGCCCUGAGCCGGCUCCGCGAGCUGUGCUGUCAGUGGCUGAGGCCGGAGGUGCACACCAAGGAGCAGAUCCUGGAGCUGCUGGUGCUGGAGCAGUUCCUGGCCAUGCUGCCUGAGGAGCUGCAGGCCUGGUUUCAGGAGAACCGGCCAGAGAGUGGAGAGGAAGCCGUGGCGAUGCUGGAGGAGCUGGAGGAAGAGCAUGACGGGGAGGUGGAACAGGUCUUUUUUGGGCAAAAUGAAGACAUGCUUGCAAAGAAGCUACCGACUUGUGAGAUCACUCAGGAGACGCCGCGUAGCCAGCUGAAGCCCACAAAAAAGCAGCUGCCAUGGGCAUCGAAGGAGCUUCACUCCUUAAAGCAAAACGAUAAAGACACCGGAGCUAUAAAUGUGAAAUCAGCUUCAAGGCAAAAGACUUCUUCAGGCAAAGAACCACAUUACAAAGUUUCUAACACCCUUCAUGUGAAUGCUUCCCAGAGUUUCACAUUUAGAGGAUCCUGUGAACAAGAGAGAAAGUCUGAAAGAAGACAAGGAAGCCGUACUCGAAAAAAACAACACAAGUGUGAUGAAUGUGGCAAAGUCUUUAGUCAGAGCUCAGCCCUUAAUCUACAUCAGCGAAUCCACAGUGGGGAGAAACCUUAUACAUGUGACGUGUGUGCAAAGGCUUUCAGCCGGAGUGCAGUCCUGAUUCAGCAUCGACGAAUCCACACUGGAGAAAAACCCUUCAAAUGUCACGAAUGUGGGAAAGCCUUUAGUCAGAGCUCAAACCUCUUCCGACACAGGAAAAAGUCUCAUCAGUGUUAUGAGGGAAUCAAAGCAUUUACUGAGAACUUCUUCAACAGGGGAGAAGACACAGGCACCAAUACUCCAUGCAAAAUAUGAGAAUGGGAUUGAGGAGACCCAAAAGAAUAUGUAGCUGAAGACCUAGGCUGAAAUGUCCAGGGUCCUUGUUAGGAAGCAGGUGAGUAAAGGAACUUUACUCAUCUCUUAUGAAAACUCACAAGAACCCACAUACUGGUUUUUUGGUUUUUUUUCCAAUUUUUAAGUUGAGAUAUAGUUGAUGUACAAUAUUAAGAACCUACAUAUUGUUAAUGAUACUAAAUAAUUUCCUAUGUAGGAAAAAAUAAUCUCCUUUACAAUUUAUAUUGUAAAUAAUCUCAGUGAAAGCAUUAAGGUGGCUCGGCAUGUCUUCAGGGAGUGGCCUAAACACAGUGAAUGUUCUGAUAACGACCAGCGCUAUCUGGGUGCUUGUAUAAAGCUGAUGAUCACCUUAACAUAAAGAAACAAGGGAGAUGAAGAAAAGUCUGUCCAAACAAGACUGACAUUACCCAAAUAUUGGCAAGUGCAGCAUGUAAUAGAGAAGACUACACCUUACCUUGGAAAUGGGAACCCUUAACGGCUCUGAUGACUGUCCUUCAGCGUUCUUCAUGUCCCCUGUUCUGGCAUAAAUCAGCUGUGAACAUGUUUCAGGCAUCACAAGACAACCUUUACAGGGUCUUACGCAGUUUUAGUGAGAUGAAUUUCUGGACAGCCUAUCACGACAUAAGACCCUGGAUUUUGGUGCUUUUAUACAAAUGAGGAAAUCAGUAAAGUUCAAUGUCCAUUGAGUUUUACCCACAUUUAAUUCAAUCAGAUUCUCUGUUUAAAAAGUAAUUAGGGGAAGGUAUAGCUCAAGUGCUAGAGCGCAUACUUAGCAUGCAUGAGGCCCUGGGUUCAAUCCCUAGUACCUCCAUUGAAAAGCCAAAUAAAUAAAUCUAA